AUGUCGCCGCCCUGUCGAGGCUGGCGAUCUGCCAUCGCUUUCUCUCGCCUUAUCGCGAUCCUCGUGGGACAACAACUAACAGUCACAGACCCCUUCGCCGAAGCCGACGAAGAUACAGGAGAGACCAAGCAGUCGCAAAAUUACAUACACAUUCGUAUUCAACAGCGAAAUGGUCGUAAGACUUUGACCACUGUCCAAGGUCUCCCUAAGAAAUUUGAUCAGAAGAAGAUCCUCAAGGUCAUUAAGAAGAAAUUUGCUUGCAAUGGCACCAUCGUCGUUGAUAGUGAGAUGGGAGAGGUGAUUCAACUUCAAGGCGAUCAGCGCAAGGAUGUACAAGAAUUCCUCACCGAUAAAAAGGAAGGACUUGAGUUGGAUGCCAAGACCAUCAAGGUCCACGGUUUCUAA